GUCAAAUUUCACCAAGAGGACUAAACGGGAAGAGUAAAUUAUCCGGUCAUUCUGAGGGCUCCUAUCAAGCUUCACAGAGAAGAAGUGAAACUAGACCUUCUUGUUUUUUUGAACGUUUCGCGUUAAUGUGAUUUUGUAGUUAAAAAAAGGAGGUUAAUUGGACUUGAGGACUUGUUGGCUCCUUUCUCCGGCAUUUUUACGCGCUGUGCCAGCGCAGCUGUUUGCGCACCUGAGUCCGUUGCUCCGUUUGUGCAGCGUCAACAUGACUUUAAUGCAUCUGAGCCACUAAAACUAUAAUGUGUGACAGUGCUUACCGGUGACAUGCCUGCUGUGGUGAACCUUGGUAAAUGCGCAACCUUUCACUGUGGAAUACCCACCGGAGUCCAGGUGUCAUCAGGGAGAGCUGAUGUGGCCGUUUGGAGGAGCGCACCAGUUUGAUGUCAGCGGGGAUUUGACAGAGCACAGGAGUUUGGGAUGCAAGAGAAACCUUAGAGAGACAAUCCUCGGCUAUUUUUACCUGGAUUCAACACAGGAUGCCCGGAGCCAUGGCCUCUGAGGUGGCGUGCGGGCUGGUCUUCAGGUUACUGCUGCCAGUGUGUCUUGCAGCCGCUUGCCUGUUCAGGUACAAUGCCCUGUCCUUCGUCUACCUCAUCUACCUCCUGCUUAUUCCACUCUUCGCGGAGCCCACAAGCACAACAAUGCAGGGCCACACAGGGCGUCUGCUGCAGUCCCUCUGCUUCACCAGUAUGUCCUUCCUGCUGCUCCACAUCAUCUAUCAGAUUACCAUCAACAGCCUCCUGGCAGGGAACUCCAUCAGGUCGGACUUCAACUGUUCAACGUGGGAGAAAUCCAUAAGACAAAUUGGCUUUGAGAGCGUGAUUGGUGCAGAUGCAGGCAAUGGCAUUCGAGUGUUCAUCCCUGACAUCGGCAUGUUUGUGGUCGGCCUGGCCAUCUGGCUGCUGUGCCGCAGUCUGGUCCAGAAGAGGCCGCCUGAGGACAUGGCCCAGUACAACGCCGACUUUGAUGCAGAGGAACAAGAAGAAGAGGAGAAGCUGAGCCUGGAGGACAACAUCCUGCUGGAGGAGGACUUCGAAGCGGGGUAUGAAGCCGAGGAGGACGAGGAGCUGGACGAGGAGGAGGAGGAAGAGGAGGAGGAGGAGGAGGAGGAGGAAGAGAAAGAGGCAAAGGAGAGCAUGAAGAGGAAAGUCCUGAGGCACGUGGGGCAGGUUGCGUCCAAGUUGAAGGAGAUUAUCGGGAACUUGAUCACCACUGCUGGGAAGGUGGUGGUCACCAUCUUGUUGGGCAUGACAGGCAUCAUGCUGCCCUCGUUGACCUCGGCUGUUUACUUCUUCAUCUUUCUGUUCCUGUGCACCUGGUGGUCCCUCUGCCGGACCUUCGACACGCUCAUCUUCAGCUGCAUGUGUGUCCUGAUGGCCAUUUUUAGUGCUGGACACAUCGUUGUCCUCUACCUCUACCAGUUCCAGUUCUUCCAGGAGUCCAUCCCACCAGGCGACAGCUACUCCCGUGUAUUUGGCAUCUCCCCCAUUAUUCAGAGCCACUGCUCCUACACAUGGAAGCUCACUGUGCACCCGGAGCGUAAGUGGUACCACUUUGUCAAUCCCAUCAUGCUGCUGAUUCUCUACUACACCCUGGCCACGCUCAUCCGCCUCUGGCUGCAGGAACCCAUCGACCAGCUGACGGACGACAAGGACAGCGAUAUGUGCGAGGAGGAAGAUCUGGACGGAAACAGAACAAAUAACUCAGCCAACAGGAAGAGGCAGAUGUGGUGGGAAUCGCGCCAAGGCACAGAUGAGAAAAACCUCCUCUCCACCCAGGAUGGCAUCAGUACAACUGAGGUGGUACCCACUUCAAACGGGACGUCCUUUGAUUUUGUCACAACUGAGAAUGGACCGGUCUGUCUGGACUUGUACUCCACCCCCCAGUAUAAAAUGGACCAGCCCAGUGAUGGUACAGAGAAGAAAGAUGAGUGUGUGUAUGAGGUGUGUUUGCCCCCGGAGGACUCGGUGGUGGAAGGAGGAGCGGUGAAGUCUGAGGACGGAGAGGAUGGGUUAAAGAAAAGAGGAGUCAGCGCGAUGGUUAAAAUCUUCCACUUCAUCAUGAAACAGAGCUACAUCUGUGCUCUCAUAGCGAUGAUGGCGUGGAGCAUCACAUACGUCAGCUGGCUGACAUUUGUCUUCCUCAUCUGGUCGUGCAUGCUGUGGAUGGUGAGGGACCGGAGGCGGUACGCCAUGCUGUCUUCUCCCUUCAUGGUGGCCUACGGCAACCUGCUGAUAGUGCUGCAGUACAUUUGGACUUUUGAGAACAUUUCACCCGUCCCCGGGUUCUUUGUCAAGAAGAACAACCCUUUCCACUCACUUUCAUCCAAGGUCCUGUGUCUGCUGAGCUUCUGGCUGCUGCUGAGACAGACGCUCACAGAGAGAUGGGAAAAACAAAAGGAGGACAGUGCUGGUCUCUCAGAAGUUCAUGUGGAGGAUCAGAAGAAGAAGGAGGAAGAGGACUCUGAGGAGGGAGGGGAGCAGGACACCAUGCAAGUUCUGGGCAACAUGGUCAUGGCUGUGCUGGUUAAAUACUGGAUCUACAUCUGCGGUGGGAUGUUCUUCAUCGUCAGCUUUGAGGGAACCAUGGUCAUGUACAAGAUCAUCUACAUGAUGAUGUUCCUCUCCUGUGUGGCGCUCUAUCAGGUGCACUUUGAGUGGUGGCGAAGGAUCCUCAAGUACUUCUGGAUGUCGGUGGUGGUUUACACCAUGCUGGUCCUCGUCCUGGUCUACACCUAUCAGUUUGAAAGCACUAGGAAUUCCUGGUCCAACAUGACGGGGAUGGAAGAAAAGGGCUUAGAGGACCUGGGCCUAAAGAGGUUUGAUGUCCCCCAGCUAUUCACCAGGAUUUUUAUUCCCACUUCCUUCCUGCUGGUGUGUAUUCUCCACCUGCACUACUUUCACGGCCGCUUCCUUGACCUCACCGACCUCCAGGCUGUAGUGGCCAAAGAAGAGAGCACUAUCUACAGCCACGCUAAAGUCAAUGGGCGUGUCUAUCUGAUCAUGAAUAGCAUCAAGCAAAAAAUUUCCACUCAACAGAGCAAACUGGUGCACCAAGAUGGCAGCCUGGCAGACCUCACCAUGCUCAGCGCCAGCUCGGUGGAGGGGGUGCUGCCCAGAGAGGAGCAGGAGCCGCAGGAGAAGCAGGAGGUGCAGCAGGAGCAGGGGAAGCAGGAGGAGCAGGGAGAGUGGCAGACAGAGGAGAAGGAGAAGGAGCAGGCCCUUGUGGUGGUGAUGUAUGACACUGACAUGACUGGCGAGAAGCCCAGGAGCUUUUCCGACCCGAGGCAGUCCAGCACAGAGGAGAGCCACCACUGCAGUGUGGGGAUGGAGCCAGAGCCGAGCACCGAGCAGAGCUCAGAUCUGAAGAAUAAAUGGCACCUGGUGGUCGACCGUCUGACUGUGCUCUUCCUCAAGUUCCUGGAGUAUUUCCACAAACUGCAGCUGUUCAUCUGGUGGCUGCUGGAGAUCCACAUCAUCAAGAUCGUGUCCUGCUACAUUGUUCUGGUCUCUCUCAAAGAGGUGUCUUUGUUCAACUAUGUGUUCCUGGCAUCCUGGGCCUUUGCACUGCCCUACAGCCAGUAUCGGCCCCUGGCCUCCAGUGUUUGCACUGUGUGGACGUGUGUCAUUAUUGUAUGCAAAAUGUUGUACCAGCUGAAGUCUAUAGACCCUGUAUCGUACUCCAAGAAUUGCACUGUGUACAUGCCAAGUGAGUACACAGAGGACCAAGUGAAAGAGAUGAGGGAAUCUCUGCUGUAUAAGGAACCUGUGGAACCAGCACACUGGGUGGGCCUGAGGAAGUCUUUGUCUGAUGACCCGCUGGAAUACCUCAGGCACAACUUCUCGAUGCUGGCUCUGUUAUUGUUCGAGGUGACCAUCUACCGCCAUCAGAAAUACUUCAGACUGAGGAACAAACUGUCACCUCCCAUUUCCAGGAUCAUCUUCCAUGAUAUCACACGGCAGCAUCUGGACAUUGGCAUCAUCAGCUGCAUCAAAUACUUCAUCAACUACUUCUUCUACAAGUUUGGACUUGAGACAUGCCUGCUGUUGGUGGUCAAUGUAAUUGGGCAGCGUAUGGACUUCUAUGCUAUGCUUCAUGCCUUCGCCUUGAUAGCAGUCAUGUAUAAACGCAGGAGGAAAGCCAUCGCUGAGAUCUGGCCCAAGUACUGCUGCUUCCUGGCCUGCAUGUUGACAUUUCAGUACCUUGUCUGCAUCGGGAUCCCACCUGCAGCCUGCAAAGACUAUCCCUGGAGGUUCCCCAACUCUACUACAGACUCCAAUGUGAUCAAGUGGCUCUACAUUCCAGAUUUUCUCACCAAACCCAACUCAUCGUUCCUCAUCUAUGACUUUAUGUUGCUGUUGUGUGCCUCUCUCCAGAGGCAGGUCUUUGAAGAUGAGAACAAGGCGGCAAUCCGUCUAAUGGCUGGAGACAACGUGGAGAUCUGCAGAGACUUGGACGCAUCCUCUUUCAGUGUCCACAACCCCGUCCCCGACUUCAUCCACUGCAGGUCCUACCUGGACAUGCUGAAGGUCAUCAUGUUUAGCUACAUGUUCUGGUUUGUCCUCACCAUCAUCUUCAUCACGGGGACCACACGCAUCAGCGUCUUCUGCAUGGGCUACCUGGUGGCCUGCUUCUACUUCCUGCUCUUUGGCGGUGAGCUGUUGUUAAAACCAAUCAAAAAGAUCCUCCACUACUGGGACUUCCUGAUCGCGUACAACAUCUUUGUAAUCACCAUGAAGAACAUUUUGUCUAUCCUGGCUUGUGGCUACAUCAACUCUCUGAUUGAGAACAGUUGCUGGUUGAUCCAGUUGUUCAGUCUGGCCUGCACCAUCAACGAGUACAAUAUCAAGCCAGACAAGACUAAAUGUGAUCUUCCGAGUAACGAGGCUGGGAUCAUCUGGGACAGUAUCUGCUUCGCCUUCCUGCUGCUGCAGAGACGAGUCUUCAUGAGCUACUACUUCCUCCACGUGGUGGCUGAUAUCAGAGCAUCACAGGUCCUCGCAUCCAGGGGGGCGGAGCUUUUUCAGGCCACUAUAGUGAAGGCGGUGAGAGCCCGACUGGAGGAAGAGCGUAGAUCUGUGGAGCAGCUGAAGAGACAGAUGGAGCGCAUUAAGGUGAGGCAGCAAAAGUUUAAGAGGGGCAAGGAGAAGAUGCUGAGCUUGGCGCAGGAGUCUGGAGAAGGACAGACCCUCGUCCAGCCCGAGGAGGAUGACGAUGAUGGAGCACAGCGAACGAAAGCCAAGACCAAAAAAAAGCAGUGGUGGAGGCCGUGGGUUGACCAUGCUUCCAUGGUUAGAAGUGGAGACUAUUACUUGUUUGAAACUGACAGUGAGGAGGAAGAGGAGGAGGAGGAGAAAAAAGAUGAAGAACCGCCAAAGAAGUCUGCGUUUCAGCGAGCUAUUGGAAAGUUUGUCUCUGCUCUUCUGGCUUUGCCCAAGUCUGUCAUUAAGCUGCCUAAAACUAUCCUGCAGUAUGUAGUCAAGGCAGGCAAGUUUCUUUAUCACGCCUGGAUCACAGACCCCAAAGCUGCCCUGAAGGCACGAGCCAAAGAGAAACGCAAAUUUUGGAAAAAAUACGCCAAAGGAGUUAGAUACAGAAAAAGCAAGAAAAAAGCAGGUCAUGUGGCUAUAGAGGUUGGUGAGCUCUCGGACGGGCAAGAAAAAAAGGAGGAGAACAAGAAGUCUGGUAGUCCAGACAACAUCAUCAAGAGAGUGUUCAACAUCAUAAAGUUCACCUGGGUGCUCUUCCAGACGACCGUGGAGAGCUUCACCAAGUGGAUGAAUGAAAUGUGCAGAGAGUACAUUGACAUCUCCACUGUGCUGCGUAUAGAGCGCUGCAUGCUGACCAGAGAAGUCAAAAAGGGUAACGUCCCGUCCAGAGAAAGCAUCCAUGUCUACUACCAGAAGGCCAUGAGGCUCAACAUGUCCCGGCAGGCCAGUAUGGAUCAGCUAAGCGAGGACGGGUCGGCCUCAGGCUCCACCAGGGUCCGAAGAAGGCGAGGAGGCUACCGCAUGGAGAGCCAGGACUCCACAGCCUCCAGAGACAGCAUAUCCAGCGCCUUCACCGAGGCAACCACACUGUUUUCCCGCCAAUCCACCCUGGAAGACCUCGAUGGAAUGCCAGAGUGCAUUCCCAAAACCAGCGAGCGCGCCAGGCCCAAACUGCGAAAGAUGUACGGCCUGGACCAGUCCAAUUCAUCAAUGGACAGUGGCAGUAGCUUCAUGUCCAGUGAAGCGACCCAGUGCGUCACGCUCUACUCCAGACAGGGCACCACAGACACCAUAGAAGAAGUGGAGGAUGAGCAGGAUCAAGGGGAAGACAAGCAGGAGGUUCCCUGGGAAUUCCAGCAGGUAGACGAGAGCGAUGGGGCCGAGGGCGGCCUCUGGAGUGACGGAGAACCCAGGGAGAAAGAGAAGGAGGAGAGUGUGGGCCAGGAGGGACUGGAGGGUGAGGAGGAAGCAGAGGUUCCAAUGGACCAGGAGAGCAAAGAGAGAGGAGAGGGUCCCUGGGAGUCCUUUGGUCCAGAUGAGGGCCCCUCCCUCAGGCCGGAGGAAGCGGAGUCUGCCUCUUUUGCCCAGGAGAGGGACUUCACAACAGAGAGUGAGGAUGGGGGAGGACAGCAGGACUUCACGCAGUCAGAGGGGCGAGCAGGGCUCCUCUACACCCCUGAUACAGAUGCUUCCAAAACGUCUGACGCUGACGUUCCUCCCAGCUACAGCAAGGCGGUCAGCUUUGACCGUCUGGAAGUUAGCGAUGAUGAGAGCGACAUGGAUAGGAAGAGGCGCAUGGUUAUGACCUCUGACAGCCGCUCAGACAGCAGGUCAGACAUCAUGUUGCCCUCUAUGACCACUGAGCUGACCGCCAGCGAGCUGCUGCUCAACAAGAUGUUUUAUGAUGAGGAGCUGGAGCAGUCAGAUACAUUCUACACAAGGCAGCCUCUGAUCCUCCAGCUCUGCUACGCCCUCUACAACAUGCUGGUGGCUCACUCAGAGAUGGUGUGCUACCUGGUCAUCAUCAUCAACCACAUGGUGUCGGCCUCAUGCGCCACCUUGGUCCUUCCCAUCACCAUCUUCCUCUGGGCCAUGCUGUCAGUGCCACGGCCCAGCAAGCGCUACUGGAUGACUGCCAUUAUCUAUACUGAGGUCACCAUUGUCGUCAAGUACUUCUUCCAGUUUGGCUUCUUCCCCUUCAACCAGAACAAGAUAGAUAAGAAUAAACCAUAUCACCCUCCCAAUAUCAUUGGUGUGGAGAAGAAGGACGGUUACGUACACUAUGACCUGGUCCAGUUACUGGCUCUCUUCUUCCACAGAUCCAUUCUCAAGUGUCAUGGUCUGUGGGACGAAGACGAUCCCAAAGAGAGGAAAAUAGCCUCUCGUCAGAGUGAGUCAGAGGACGAAGGUAAAGAGAAGGUGGAGAGUGAUAAAGAGUCCGAACCCGCCUCCUCACUGAUCAGCGAGAGGAGAGGCUCCAACCAGACCUUGAGAUCCAUAAACUUUGGGACCUCCAUUGAUUCCGGACAUGUCCUGGUGCACUACCCGCAACAGCAGACCUACCAGCGCCGCAAGAGCUCCAGCGGAGGUUCGCACAUCUCUCACCGAUCUCUCCACUCUUCUGCACGGUCCAAGAGAGGAAGUACCGCUUCCCACAACAGCAGCCGCAAGGAUGGCAGCGAGGCCAGCGUCCAUCAGAAGACCCGCAAACAGAUGAUCAUGGAGAAGCUGAGGGAGCAGCUCCUCAAAGGAAAAGCUUUCAUCAUAAAGCGGUUCAUGGAGAUCUACCUUCCUAUGAGGCAGUUCUUCCAUAACUUGAUCCAUCCAGAGUACAGCGCGGUCACAGACGUCUACGUGCUGAUGUUCCUCGCCGACACGGUCGACUUCAUCAUCAUUGUGUUUGGAUUCUGGGCCUUUGGUAAACACUCAGUGGCAGACAUCACGUCCUCUCUUUCGGAGGAUCAGGUGCCGGGACCUUUCCUGGUCAUGGUCCUGAUCCAGUUUGGGACCAUGGUGGUGGACCGGGCCCUCUACCUCAGAAAGUCUGUCAUGGGCAAGGUCAUCUUCCAGGUCAUCCUCCUCUUUGGCAUCCACUUCUGGAUGUUCUUUAUCCUACCAGGAGUCACAGAAAAGCGUUUCAGCGAGAACAUGGUUGCCCAGAUGUGGUAUUUUGUCAAGUGCAUCUACUUCGGACUGUCAGCCUAUCAGAUCCGCUGUGGUUACCCCACCCGCGUUUUGGGAAACUUCCUCACCAAGAGCUACAAUUAUGUCAACCUCUUCCUGUUUCAAGGUUUUCGUCUGGUGCCGUUCCUGACGGAGCUGCGAGCCGUGAUGGACUGGGUCUGGACCGAUACCUCGCUGUCUCUGUCCAGCUGGAUCUGUGUGGAGGAUAUCUACGCUCACAUCUUUAUCCUCAAAUGCUGGAGAGAGUCUGAGAAGAGGUAUCCCCAGCCGCGAGGCCAGAAGAAGAAGAAGGUGGUGAAGUACGGGAUGGGAGGGAUGAUUGUAAUGCUGCUGAUCUGUAUCGUCUGGUUCCCGCUGCUCUUCAUGUCCCUUGUGAAGUCUGUAGCUGGAGUCGUCAACACGCCGCUGGAUGUUUCGCUUGAAAUCACCCUGGCUGGCUUUCAGCCCAUCUUCACCAUGAGCGCUCAGCAAAACCAACUGAAGGAUGUCUCAGCGGGAGAGUUUUCAGAUUUUAUGAAGAUAUAUAAUCAUCGUGAGGAUGCCCUGCAGUGGCUGGAGAGCUACGUACACAAUGACCUGACCAUCGCAGAGCUGAAAGGCAGCUCCAACUCUCUGUGGACCAUCAGUCCACCCAGCAGAAAAAACCUGAUAGAGAUGUUGGGAAAUGUUGACGAUGAAUUCCCCGUCACCGUGUCCUGGUCCGUGCAAAGAAACCUUACUCUCGGUGCCAAGGCUGAAGUAGCCUCUGGAAAACACGUGACAAAACUUGACGAGAAAACAAGAAAACAACUCAUACAGCUCCUGAAAAAGAACGAUAGCAAAUCACAUGUGAUCCUAAAGGACAUCUUCCCCCGUUAUCUUCGGGCCCCCAGUGACUCAGAUGCCAAACCUGUUAAGGAGCUUAUGCACGGUGAAGAGCUGUUAAACAUAACUUUGAUACUGAAUCGAACGACUGGGGCCCGGGAUGAAAUCCAGGAAUGGUGGACAGUCAGUCAGACAGAGCCCGCCCCGAUAUCAAAGCGGUCUGAAAAAAAUAAGAAUGAGGCAGGACUGGAGGUCUACGUAUUCAGCGACCAAGUCAGCCCGCCCAGUUUGGGCUUUCUGGCUGGAUAUGGGAUCAUGGGCUUGUACGCCUCUGUGGUUCUGGUCAUCGGCAAGUUCGUGCGCGAGUUCUUCAGCGGCAUUUCCCACACCAUCAUGUUCGAGGAGCUGCCCAACGUGGACCGCAUCCUCAAGCUGUGCACCGACAUCUUCCUGGUGCGAGAGACGGGGGAGCUGGACCUGGAGGAGGACAUGUACGCCAAACUCAUCUUCCUCUACCGCUCGCCAGAGACUAUGAUCAAGUGGACCAGAGAGAAAACUGAGUGAAACUUGGCUGACGGGACGUUUAACUAAUGAGAGUGAGCCGGAGCUUUUCAGGACGGGAGCCGCUCAAUCAGAGAAACUGGGUGGUCGCUCUGUUGGUGUGAGCAGCUAUUUCAGCACAUUCACCUGCUGAGGGAGUGCAAAGCAUCCGAGGACCAACUCUGUCCUCUUCAACUGAGCUCUGACGGCAGUGAUUCACUGUUAGCUCCACACUAAUACACUUUGUUUGAGUUAUAAACUGGUAUUUUCUACUAUUUAAGGAUGGAAAAACGACAUCAAUUGCAGUCACAUUGUUAAACAUUGAGGACAAAUUUGCCGGUGCUGUAUUUAUCUCGCAAAAACCUGGCUGAGUUUGGCACCCAGUGGAUAAAAUAAGCCCACUGGUGUUCAGUUAGAAGAAAUCCUUUAGGACAAUUCUCGUAAGUUAUAAAGUGCUAUCCCUAGUUUAAAGGUAGGUUUUUAAACACAAACGCCCAGAGGCCUCAUCGCUCUUCACGCCUGUGUACUAACAUUUUCACAAUUGCAAGGUAGGCGUAGAGAAGCUCAAAGUGAAUGCAACAUUAAUCUUUUUAAGGGCUUCCCUCCAACGAAUUAGUGCACAAUAACGACCACAUGAGCACAAUCUUAUAUUUUCUCCAACUGGAACGUUUGGAAACUUGGGACUGUGCAAUAUUGAGCUCUUGUUCCUCCAUGUUUUCGAAAAGGAUGCGAACCGAGGAAAAAAAGGGGAACAUGAACAUAAAGACCACCUUUUUUUUUUUUUUUAAGAGGCCACAUGGGAGCCUCCCCCAGAGACACAACGCAGAAAACAUAAUCAAACAAUACUUGCCUUAUUUUGUUUGUAUGUGAAGAACUGAAACUCUUAUCAACUACAUAUCUUUCUCAGGAAGAGCUGUUUUCACAGAUAUUCAUUGUAUGAGUUAUAUGUUACAAUAUGUAGGCUUUGAUGGAUCUAAAAGAAUAUGAGAUUGUAGAAAAGAUGAAAACUAUUUAAAUGGCAUGAAAUUUAAUGUGGGUAUAGUUCAGAUGGAUUGAUACCGAGUGUGUUUACUGCACAGGGAAAACCGUUUGAGGCUGUAUUGAGAAAGUAAAUCGCUGUGGACUGUUUUUUCUUCACAGAGAAUGAAAUUAAUUGCCAAUCCAUCCAUGUUCUGAAUCAUCUAACCGGUUGGCUAAAGUCGAGACCAGCAGAGGGGCUGUUUCUGUAUCAGGGUAACGUUGCAUUAAGCGGUAGACUCUCGCACACAUCACUUAUGAACCUCUCGCUGUUUUUAACAUUCGUGAACACGCCACAGCUGUGCAGGAAGAAAACUAGCGACAACAACAACAAAAAAAAAAAUUCCUCACGUGAAGGGCUGACACACAAAGCCCUUUGGUCCAAACUAUGUAUUAGAGGACAUUGUAGCAUGAUAGAAAAACUUCAUUAUUGUCAUGACCGAUUUUCAUUACAUGUACAUACGAGUUUAAGGGGGUCAGGUCAGGGUGGAAUGAAAUGUGAAAUUGUACCUGUAUGUUAAGGUAAUGUGGAAUGAUAGAGGUCCAGAGAUCUGCAAAUAAAACGUCUGGAAAGGUG